CCUCACACCAUGGUCUACUGAAAAUACACAAGUUGCUUAGCGAGCGUGCUUCCGGGUUGAAAGUCCACCAGUAAAAGACAGAAACUUCUACUUUCUUCACAAAAAUAGGUGUGUAUUAUUAUAUGUGAAAAUGCGACAAUUAUUUGAUGUGCAACGUCAGAAUUUUUGGACUGAAUCCAUUCACAAGGAAGCAUAUACCAGGUUAGCAUGGCACGAGAAAUAUAGCAAAGAAUUCGCUCGAGAGUCCAGACAGGGACAACAAGGUGUAGCCCGCAAACGCAGGCCGAAUAUGGUACCAAAGGUACAUGCAAUUCCUGAACUAAACACAAAAAAACAAGAUCAAAGAGAGGAAGAGUUAGAUAAGGAGAGGACAACGAAAAAGCCAGAUUUGGCAGCAUUGGCUGCAAAUGAUCCUGAUGCGUUGUUAGUGGAGAUGAGACCUGUUACAAGGGGAAUCCGCGACCAGUUGUACAAAGGAUUCAGCAAAGAAGGCACUGGACGGUACGCAUAUUUGCAAAUAAGAAAAUUGAAGAAACCAGAGGACAAAUAUGAAUUCCCUAUUACAAGUUCAUGGGAGUAUGGAUGGAAGCUGGAUGAUGUGGUCAAAGAAUUCCGUGCACCAGAAUGGGGCAGAUCAAGAAUUGUAAAGGAUUCUUUCUACAGACGAAAUGGCAUAUUUUCAUAAGGUCUUCUAGGACACAGUGGAUCUACUUCAUUUUUUAAAUCAUGGAGCAAUGCGAACAAAUUUGUAUAAAAUUCUUUAAAACCAAUUUUCCAGCAAAACGUUGUCAUUUUUAUAUUUGGGAAGUAAUUCCGAACAUUUAACAACAUGUAUAACAAUAUAGCACAAAUUAUGCUUACAUCAGUUGAACAAAAUACGAAAAAAAAGAAGACAUUUCAAAAUCAAGUACCAAGAGUAACUGGAAUUAUUUUAAUUAUCAGAGAGAGUACUAGUAGCAUUAGUAAAUUAUGUUGUCGAUUUGUGUUUUCUAGAUUAAGAGUAGUUUAGUAUUCGCCAUCACCUUGAUAAAUAAUUCUUUAAACUCAUUAAUUAUAUACCGUACUUCAACUGAAUUAUGUUAAUUUAUUCAUUUAACAAUUUUUAACCAAAGAGUAUUCCAAUGUGUAUAUGUCAGUACAGGUAUUAUGUACACUGAUAUUUCUGAGCUUUACGAAUAACUUUUAUAACCAAAUAUUAUAAUGUGUUUGUUGUGUUUGAAAUUGUACUCAUUAAUAAACGUCAAGUAACUAA